GAUGUUGCGGUGAUGCGAGCUACAAGCUCGAUCAUCGACGACCUCGACCUCAGCAAGAAUGAUCUCGACUUGUUUACGAUCUGCGCGAACAAGGGAGCUUACGCCCUAGGCGCUCUGGUGACAGGCUUCACGGCCAACUGCCUCUGCGGCCGGAGGUACUUUCUCGGAGUUGGAGGUGCGAUCUACUUGGUAGGGGCUCUCCUAGUCGCGCUCAGUGACAACUAUGGCGCGUCGAUGUUUGGACGUACCAUGACGGGCUUCGGCGUUGGGAUGGGCCUCCUCAUCGGGCCCAUCUUCAUCGCCGAAACCGCGCCCUCCACCACCCGCGGCUACCACGGCACCAUCCCCCAGGUGCUGAUGGCUGCUGGGACGAUGUCAGCAUAUGCGGUGGAGUCCGCGCUCGUGUGGGCUCCACAGCAUAUAGCUUGGCGCGUUACAGUGGGGCUCACCACGCUGCCCACGGUGGCUUUCGUGUACUACACCCUGGCCCGGCUGGCCCACGACACGCCCUGCUGGCACAUGAUGUGUGGCCAGGUCAGCCUGGCGGAGGAGGUAAUGGAGAGGUGCGGAGCCGACGGGACCGAGCCCUACCACAGGAGGGAGCAGCUCCAACAUGUCGCCGGGUUCGCGCUGCACUCCAUCGUCGAUCGCCGCCGCGUGGAGCUCUUCCCGAGGAGGAUCCCCGGGUUCUGGAGCCAGGCGUUUGAGCGAUGCCGUCCCCUGAUUCGUGACUUGUUCACCACCAUGGGGUUGCUUGUGGCCCAAGAAGCCACGUGCGAGCAGCUGACCCUCGUCCGUUUCGUCCCUCUGAUCCUCCUUCGAAACGGGCUGACUUCUCGGCUGUGGUCAGCGUUGGGUGGUGUGAUGCUGGCGGUAAUCAAGCUGCUGUCCACGCUGGCGGCAAUGGAGGCGGCGGGUUGGUCGAUGGCGGGGCGGAAGAGGCUGCUGCUUGUGAGCUUUGGCGUGGUUGGGUGCGCGAUGGGAUUCCUCUGUGGCACCAGCUUCGCCGAUUCGCGCGAGCGGAUCGUUGGUGGCACGGCCUUUGCGUUGAGUUGCUUUGGGCUGGUCAUACUGGAGGCGGGGAUGGCCUUUGGGCUUGGGCCCAUACCUUGGAUGUAUGGGCCGGAAAUGUUUCCUCUUGCGGUACGUGCACCCAGCCUCGGUGUUUGCCUUGCUUUUAGAUUUGCAAUUGGCAUACUUUUGGAGAUGACUCUUCCUUUGCUGUACUCCUCGUUUGAGAGGAUUUGGUUGCGGUUUCUGUUCGGUUGCGGGGCUGCAGUGGUUGGCUUUUCACUCUCCUGUAGGUUCGUCAGGGAGACUACAGGUGGAGUGCUUGCCGAUGAUCCAGUAGAUUAGACUAGACGAUUCCGCAUUUGAGUCAGUGUGUCUUGAAUGGAAAGUAGAGUUCUGUUUACGUCUUUCUAACUGUGUUGACGACUUUGCUUGGGUAACAAGCUACUGUUUGACUUCCACUGUAAUCAGGCCUUCCGUUCUCCGAUUCUGCCCUUUACAGUACAG